AUGGCAGAAACUGCGAAACUCCCGAUCAUAGACCUCUCUUCACCCGAUCGCAUGUCUACAGCCAAUUCAAUCCGUCAGGCUUGUGUGGACUAUGGCUUCUUUUACUUGGUGAACCAUGGAGUGGAACAGCAACUUCUUUGUAAAGUUUUUGAAGAGAGUAAGAAAUUCUUCUCCCUCCCCUUGAGCGAGAAGAUGAAACUGUCUCGCAAACGACACAGAGGUUACACUCCAUUGUAUGCAGAGAACCUCGAUCCCCUCUCAAGUUCCAAAGGUGACUCAAAGGAAGGCUUCUAUGUUGGUCCUGUAGAAGCGGAUACGGCUCAAACUAAUCUUAACCAAUGGCCUUCCCAAGAAAUUCUCCCGUCUUGGAGAUUGACAAUGGAGUCGUACCAUAAAAAACUUAUGUGUGCUGGGAAAAAAUUAAUCUGUUUGAUUGCUCUGGCUUUAAAUCUGGAUGAAGAUUAUUUUGAGAAAGUAGGAGCCUUGGACUCACCAAAUGGAUUUCUUCGCCUCUUACAUUAUCCAGGUGAACUGGGGUGUUUUGAUGAGGAAAUAUAUGGUGCUUCUGCACAUUCAGAUUAUGGAAUGAUUACUCUUCUAGCAAGUGAUGGUGUUCCAGGACUUCAGGCAUGUGUCCACACUGCAUAG